AUGGUCAAACGAAGCAAACUCCUUCAGGCUCUCGAUGCCCACAAGGGCCGGGACUACGAUGCUGAGAAGCAGAAGAAGCAGGUCAAGGCCGCUGAGAAGCGCAAAGGCGUGAAGAAGGGCCCGGCCGGCGCAGAGGCCGCCAAGCAGGUUGAGGAGGAGGACGAGGAGGUUGCUAGCUCCGAAGCUGAGGAGAAUGAGGAGCAGGUACAGGAGGACGACGAAGCCGAGGAUGUUGUUGACGACGAGGAAGACGAGGACGAGGAGGAAGAGGAAGAAGAUAUCCCGCUUUCAGACCUCGAAGACGACGAGCGUGAGGAUAUCGUCCCGCACCAGCGUCUCACCAUCAACAACUCUGCCGCCAUUACCUCCUCCCUCAAGCGCAUCUCCUUCAUCACCUCCCAGACCCCAUUCUCCGAGCACAACUCCUUAGUCUCGCAAGAGCCUAUCGAGGUUGAAGACCCCAACGAUGACUUGAACCGCGAAUUGGCCUUCUACAAGGUCUGCCAGGCUGCCGCUAUCUCGGCCCGCGGCCUGUUGAAGAAGGAGGGUAUCUCCUUCACCCGCCCCGGGGACUACUUCGCGGAGAUGGUCAAGAACGACGAGCACAUGGACAAGAUCAAGAAGAAGCUGUAUGACGAGGCUGCUGGCAAGAAGGCCGCCGCUGAGGCACGCCGCCAGCGUGAUCUGAAGAAGUUCGGCAAGCAGGUGCAGGUCGCCAAGCUGCAGCAGAGAGCCAAGGAGAAGCGCGAGACUCUUGAUAAGAUCACUGCCUUGAAGAAGAAGCGCAAGGCUGACACUUCUGCCCCCACCGAUGACGCCAAUGACCUCUUCGAUGUUGCCAUCGAGGAUACUGACAAGCCCGAUCGCAAGCGCGGCCGUGGUGCCGGUGAUGGCCCCAACAACAAGCGCCAGAAGAGAGAUCAGAAGUUCGGCUUCGGUGGCAAGAAGCGCUUCUCGAAAAGCGGCGACGCUGCCUCCAGUGGUGACAUGCGCAGCUUUUCUCAGAAGAAGAUGAAGGCCGGCGGAGCCAAGCGGCCCGGCAAGAGCAAGCGCGCCGCCAAGGGCCGACUGUAA